GAGGACAUAAAAACUCGCCCCAUUUUAUGCAACAUAUCGCAUAGUAUGAUAAACUCGUCCCAUCGUCGAUCAAGCAGAAGCGGAAAGUGUAGUUGCGCACGCAUAGCUUGUGUGUAAACUGAAGAACAAAAAGGAAAAUGCAGUCUCAGAGAUUCCCGGGCCAGGGCCCUCCGAUGAGACCGUAUCAACAGCAAGGAUACCCACCUGGUCCUAGACCAGGUGGAUAUCCAGGCCAGCAGAUGGGACCUGGAGGGCCACAAAGAAUGGGGGUUCCCCCACAUGCGGGCAUGCCACCACAUCCAUAUGCAGGACAAGCAGUGCCCCCUACCAGCAAAGCCACCAGUGGAAAGGUGAAGGGUGACUCACAAUGUAUGCGACCAGGUAUGUCUCCAGGUAUGCCCCCACCCCCAGGACCACCAGGUAUGCAGGGACCUAUGGAUAGGAAGCGACCCCCAGACCCUCGGGCGGCCCAGCAUAUGAAGACGAAGAAAAAAAAGAAGGUUGCUGACAAGAUCCUCCCUCAAAGAGUAAGAGACUUGGUGCCCGAGUCUCAAGCCUAUAUGGAUCUGCUGGCCUUUGAGAGAAAACUUGAUACAACUAUUAUGAGAAAGAGACUGGACAUUCAGGAAGCUCUCAAACGACCGAUGAAGCAAAAAAGGAAGCUUCGCAUUUUCAUUUCCAACACAUUUUACCCAGUCAAACCAGAAGGAGAGGAUGGAGACGAAUCCGUUGCCUCCUGGGAGCUAAGGGUGGAAGGGCGACUUCUUGAAGACUCCAUGAGUGCAAAGCUUGGAAGUGACCCUGCUAAGGUGAAACGGAAGUUUUCUUCCUUCUUCAAAAGUCUUGUGAUUGAGCUGGACAAGGAUUUAUAUGGACCAGACAACCAUCUGGUGGAGUGGCACAGGACACCAACUACACAGGAAACAGACGGAUUCCAGGUGAAACGCCCAGGUGACCAGAACGUGAAAUGUACUGUUCUCUUAAUGCUGGACUACCAGCCAUCACAGUUUAAGUUGGACCAGCGACUGGCCAGGUUACUGGGUGUCCACACACAGACUCGACCGGUCAUCAUCAAUGCUCUCUGGCAGUACAUCAAAACACACAAGCUUCAGGAUCCUCAUGAACGAGAGUUCAUCAACUGUGACAAAUACCUUGAACAAAUAUUUGAGAGUCCUAGGAUGAAGUUUGCAGAGAUUCCAGGGAAGCUGCACAGCCUUCUGAUGCCACCUGAUCCUAUUGUCAUUAACCAUGUCAUUGUUGUGGAGGGACCUGAUUCCAGGAAGACUGCCUGUUAUGAUAUUGAAGUGGAAGUUGAUGACACCCUUAAACAGCAGAUGAACUCCUUCCUGUUGUCAACACAGAGUCAACAGGAAAUAGCAAGCCUUGAUUCCAAGGUAUGGAUCCAUGAGACAGUGGAGACUAUUAACCAGCUGAAGACGAACCGGGAAUUCUUCCUUAGCUUUGCCAAGGAUCCACAGGAAUUCAUAAAUAACUGGCUCAUUUCCCAGACACGGGAUCUCAAGACAAUCACAGAUGUUGCUGGUAACCCAGAGGAGGAAAGACGGGCCGAUUAUUACUACAAACCGUGGUCACAGGAGGCAGUAUGUCGUUACUUCUACGGCAAGGUACAACAGCGACGGAUGGAACUAGAACAGGCACUGGGAAUACGCAAUACAUAGCAUAAAUAUCAUCAACCUGUGGUGACUCGAGAGAACAGGACAUCAACAACUGUUGCUGGUGUGGGAGAAUUCCAGCAUCUUCUGAUGUUGUUAGUGAUUGAGAGACAAACUAGCUUAUAAACACAAAAAGUCAUCUGGGAAUAUGAUUAUUACACAGCUUGAAAAUUUGUUAAAAUCUGAUACAUGGCCAUAAAAUUGAAGAUGAAAAGACUUUGUACAAGUGUAUAUACAUCAUACAAGAUGCAUCUAGUUAUCAAAAUCAUCAUUUUAUCAUUGCCCAUUUCAUAGAUAUGUUGUAAUCAUUUUUGUAAACUGGAAAGUGUUCAAAUAAAGCUUGUAUAUUUAAUGUACAAGUUACAAAAUCUGUUGUAAAUAAAUUUUGUGACACUGUA